AUGUCUAACGUGAAGCCGACAGGACACAGUAGCUGUACAUCCGGCACAGUUCGUCUACCUCCAGAACAAGCCAUCACCAAUGCGCUCAACGAGGUCCACGCGAGACGCGUCUUGCACGGCGUCGGCCUGUGCACACGCGUCUUCGACCUCGCGGAGGUCAUUCUCGCCAAGGUCAAGUCCUCGGAUGAGGACGGUGUCCGACUAACUGUCGGAUUCUUUGGCGACAUCUACGUCCCCCUUGUUUACCUGCCGGACCCCGCGCCUUCGACCCAGAAGAGCGAGCACAUUUUCCGGCUUCCAGGAUCGGAAGCAACUUGCUUGUCUCACGAGCCCUCGGCUCACCCCUGA